CAUCAUCUCCUUAUUUCUUCUUCUCAACCUCUCACUCUUUCUCUCUCUUCCUUUUCCCUUUCCUUAUUUCUCACAUCUACCCUCCUUCCUCCUUUUCUUUUUUCUUCCUCCAUAUAUCCUCAUUCAACUUGCCUCUGGCAGCCGGUCUGGACCUUGUCUGGUUCCUCGCUACUGCCCCUCCUUUUCUCCCUAUUACAUCUUCCAUCAUGCAACCAAAUCACUAUGACUUGCUGGGUCAGGUGCAACAUGAAGACCCUCGAUUAACCGGUCGACUGACGCGAGACCUUCAUCAGUCGGCGCGCGAUCAUCUACUUCCUCAUCAGUCACGUUCUCCCGCUGCCCGCGACCCCACGAGAUCAGAAGAUUCCUGGAUCGAGGUCUCGUCUCAGCCGUCAUCCUCAUCCCUCUCCUCCGCAGGCACCAACGACGAUAUCAUCACAACCGGUCUCCGUGUCCAGCAGCAAGAUCCCGGUCGGUAUCAUCGAAGUCGACGACGACGGCUACAACAACUUGCAGCCAUCACCACAGCUCAAGUAGACUACUCAUCCCGCGAACACAGUAGCAGUCAAGAUGAAUAUGAGGAAAGCGAGAGUGAAUCCGAUCAAGUGCUCAGCAGCUCUGAAGAUAUGACUCGUCCACCCGAGAGACCGCACCCAUUUCUGGUAUCCACAGGCCCAUCCCCGCUGCCGUCCGAUGUCCCUACAGACGAAGAUGACGACGAUAACUCCACCGCGCUAGGCAUGCGCAUCAGCUCAUCUCCAUUUGUUCCUCAACCAAAUGUCUUUUCUCAUCCGCCGGCAUCCCAGGACCCGUCAUGGACCAGGCCUAUGGAAAGGCGGCACCAGGCGGAACCCAGUGAGGUGUCGAAUUCCAGUCGACGGACGGCCAUCAGGGCCCGGCGGAACUCACAAGCCAGCAUCCGCUCUGUGCGCAGGUCAUCCUACCAGCACAGUCCAUACAACAUGAUCUCUCCAUCCCACCACGCCGAUCACGAUGCUGCGCUCCGGGCCAGUCUUUCCACAUUACUUUCCUGCGCUGCGGCAGCUCGAGGCCUCCCCAAGUCAGAUGCGCAGCCAGUCCAGCCAGGUCCCUCGCGAGCGCCGGCGCCGUCAUCUUUCCGCCUGGUAUCGGAAUCGGUUGCGAUGGGGGAUAUUUGCGAGGAAGAAAUGGCAGGGGCGAAUCCCACCGCAGCAGCAGCAGCCCGGUCCCCUCGCUCAGGACUAUCCCCUCCGCCAUACUCUCCGCGGAGCGUUCCGCAAGCACCCCCACGAGCCAAAAGACGGUCAAGUCCAUCCAAGGAGCGAAGUCAUUCAGCCAAGAAGACUCGGCGAGGUAGCACCGUGGAAACCGUUCCCACAGCUAGCCCGACGGUCAUGACGUGGGUGAUCAGCGCGGGAGUUGUCGUGCUGUUCUCCGCCAUCAGCUUCUCAGCGGGUUACGUACUGGGCCGCGAAGUUGGCCGACUGGAAGCUACCACUGGAAUUGGAGCAAUGGGCGACGGAUCAGGAGGUAGAGUAGCCACCGGCUGCGGUCAAGAAGCAGUGCGGGGCAGUCUGAAACGACUCCGCUGGGGAACAGGAACCUCCGCCUCAGGCAUCAUUGCAUAAUCUCCACGUGCAUAUUGGCAAAUCUGAAUAUAUGCUUCACGACGACGGGCUGUGGUAAUAUUUGGUUA